AUGGAUUUACAGAGGUUGAAGACGCGUAUCGCGCGCGCCAGAGGUGCCGGCGCGACAUCUUCAGGCUCCGGCACGGGCGAGCUGCCUCCACAACAGUCUCAGGCACCCCACGAUAACUCCAGCACGCAUGCUGUUAAGGAAGGAAUUCAGAGCGCCGAACCUGGGAUGAAUGCGCAGGACUUUGGAGCAGCCGCGGACCAACCAACACAACAACCUGUCAUCGAGCCGCCUACCUCGUUAGAGUCAUCCAUCGAUGCUGGCCAACAUGUCCCCAAGCCCACCAGGGCAACCGAUCCCUCGUCGCAUGUCACGUACAGUACUCUUGCCGCGCAACGAGCAAGAAGCAGCUCCGCGCCGACCAAACCCCAGCAAUACCCACGACGACCGCAAGUCGGCCGUCAAGCCAGUAUCGGCAUACGGCGUAUGCCCUCAUCCAACGCCCUAAGACAAUCCGCACAGCAACCACAGGGUUCUAUAAUAAGAGCGAGCACGCCCUUGCCUGCGCUGGACGAGGAGGCAGAGCUGGGACAAUUUUCCUCCGCCAACGGGAGCCAGAGUACCCUCAACAAUCCAGAGCCGGACAGAAGUCGACUACGGAAGGUCAAGAGCGCGAUACAGACUAGAAUACCCUUUUGGGGCACGAAGGAAGAGGAGAAGUCGCCGACGACAAGCGCUCAUGCUCCUGCAGCGGAAGACGACAUGUCGUCCAACUACACCUCAGGCAUGGUCGAUGUGCUUGACACCAUCGACCCUGAGGUCGCGACGCUUACAUCCUUGACGAACAUGCAGAACUCGCUAUUCAUUCCGAACCUACCAUGGCUGAACCGCCGGCCCACUUACAACCUAAAGCGACGGAAGAGCGAGACCGACAGUCUGGAAGCGAUCGAGCGCAUACUGGAACCCGCUCGUGCUGCUCAGGCGGAGGCGGAGGCAGAAGCUCAGGCGGCCCAGGCGGCUCCCAGAUUCCAGCGCUCGGCGACUGAGACCACGACGGCCACCAUGAUGACGAUAGAUUCGCAGCUUACUGAGUCGCGCUUCGCUGUUCUUCCUGAGGAUACUGACUUGUCUGGGUGGAGCGUCGAGGACAAGAAGGAGGUGAACGACCACGUACGGCACAUGCUCCACUCAAGACGCUCCAAGAUGAAGCGUUCUCUCAAGGGAUUCGGCAUGUAUGUCAGGAGACCACUUGGCUUCCUAGUCACCCUCUACGCCUUCCUCAUCACCGCAUUCGGCUUGGCCUGGGUGCUCUUCCUCAUCGGAUGGGCUAAUGUCGGUGGACAGCAGAUCUACGUCGUCCACGUCAUCGACAGUGUCCUUGUUGCUCUCUUCGCUGUUGUAGGAGACGGCCUAGCACCCUUCCGCUGUGUCGACACAUACCACAUGAUCUACAUUGCUCAUUACCACCAUUUCACAUGGUCUCGCCGUAAGAAGGACAUGCUUCCCGACCUCACCGAUCAUAAUGACCUCCCUGCCGAGCACGCUCCCGUAUCUGGACCACGCGCUAUAGACCCAGCCGACCCUGAGAAACAGUGGGAAUUCACCGUGUUGACGCCAAAGCAGCAAGAGAAGCUCGAACACCACCAAGCCAAAUUCUGCAAAUCGCACUCCUUUUACAAGCCCCACGAGACGGAGACCCAUUAUGCCUUCCCUCUCCGUUUCCUUGUCGCCAUCGUCGUACUUCUAGACUGCCACUCUCUACUCCAGAUAUCCCUCGGCGCGUGCACAUGGGGUAUCUACUACAAGGUUCGUCCCUUUGCUAUCACCACUGUUAUCCUCUGCUGCUCUAUCGCCUGCAAUGCAACGGCCGGUCUAUUGAUCUGGUUGGGUGACAAGAGGACGAGGAAGAAGGACGUUGUCGAACGCAUGAACAGGCAGGAAUUGACUGGAGAAGCCAUCAAAGAAGUAGAAAAGAAGAAGCAGAAGGAAAAGGAGAAGGAAAGCGAGGCCGAGUCUAGCGGUGCAGAUGAGGGCAGGGAAAGAGAAAGGAGGAGGAUUAGUCUGGAUGCUUUCAGACCAGGGAAGAAUGCGGAGAAGGAAAAGGAGAAGAAGCAGCAGAGCGAGAGUGCAUACCCCUAG